CUUUGUGUAAAAUAGCAAACAGAGAUCAUGGGAACCCACACCUGCAACAGGGUAACCUCCCUUGUUUUCCUUGUUUUGUUUGCUUCUUUACAUUCUUCACUUCCCCUUGCUUCUGCCUCUAGUGAAGAAGCAAAUGCUCUUCUCAAAUGGAAAUCCAGCCUCCAAAAUAAAAGUCAGUCUGUACUAUCUUCGUGGACUCUGCUUCCGCACAAUGCAACCAACUCCAAACCAAGCACCGGUCCCUGCACCUGGUUUGGAGUUUCUUGCAAUGCCCAAGGAAGUGUUGCUAGAAUGAAUCUUAGUGUUUCUGGUAUAUCAGGUACGCUUGAUGAGUUUCCUUUUAUGUCUCUCCCUGAUCUCACACAUGUUGAUUUCUGUAUCAACAAUAUGUCUGGGGUUAUUCCACCUCAAAUUAGCUACCUUUCCAAGCUUGUCUAUCUUGAUUUUUCCAUCAAUCAAUUUUUUGGGACAAUCCCACCAGAAAUUGGCCUGCUACAGCAUCUUGAGAUCCUCCACCUUGCUGAGAAUCAUUUCAACGGCUCAUUUCCUCAAGAAAUAGGUCAGCUGAAGUCUCUUAAGGAGCUUGAUAUGUACACCAACAACUUAGAGGGUCCCAUACCUGCAUCUGUAGG